UUGUGGCUGGUGGCACUGGCGAACUGGAAUGGACUAUGACUGUGGAAUCUAACUAACGAAGGAAGUGAACGUGGUUAGCGACGAAGGUCUGUGUGUGAGCUCGGCCAGGCACGACGCUCGUUGCACCCUUUCCACUGAAGUCCAGACUCCAGAAAGAAACGAACUGAACUCGGACAGCCCAGACCCUUGAGCAUACUUCGUGGCCGUCGUUGCUUGGAUUUGCAGUUCCAGUCGAUCUCUGGCUUCUCCAUCGAAAUUCUGGCACUCUGUUGCUCAAUUUGGACAGUUUUGGUGGCGCGCGAAGCCGCGUGUAUUAUCUGCCAUCGUGGUUGCCCUAUCGUGCCCUGCAUUUCUUGGAUCCCCGAGAGGCUGUGGUAGUGUGUUUUUCGUUUCUAUUGUUGGGAAAUCUGGGCGUCCGUUUGUGAGAUUUGGAAAUUUUCAGGGUGUGGAUCCGAACGAGACUUAGAAGAGGAGUUGCCGGAUUUGGUUCGUUCGUCGUUUGAAACCUCAUGCAAUCAGCACUGGGCUGCGUGGAGCAGCCCUUUGCCCUCUGCCCGCUCUCGUCUCUCCUUAUUGCGACAUUUGCAGUUCUGCCGCAAUUUCCGACAAUAGAUUUUUUACUUUGAGCCUAAACAUAUCCUUUUUUUUAUAUACAUAUAUAUUUUUCCUCUCACAGAAGAAGCUAGAGGUUGGUUCGCCCUCUUGCAUUCAUCGAGAUCCCGUAAUGGAAAGCAGUCACUAGGGCAAUUGUUCUGUUUAAUUGGGUUACUUCUCGUAUAGCGACAAAUCGAACGUACAAUUUUGACUGUUCUGGAAAUAUAGAUGGCAGCAGCUGUCAGAAGAGCGGUCCAACAUCAGGGAUCCCAGCUGCAAGCGCUGCAAUGGCCGACUGCCAUCCGUGCUGGAGCAAUUCCUCUUGAUGUGGUCAACAUGGACAGCAGGUUGAGGCUUCCUGUGCCUUCGACAGCCGUCUUGCAUGACUGGGCUGCAUUGCAGGAUCGGCGAUUGCUGGUGCCUCAGCAGGCGUGGAAUUAUGGAGCCGUGAGAGGAUUCUACAUGCGCAAUAUUUCACAGCUUGUUACUGCAAGCAACAGCAAGAGGGCUUUUCUAGUCGAUACCCUAGCGCUGGUGCGAAGACUCGAAUCCCAGGGCUUGACACCCAAACAAGCAGAGGCUAUAACAGCUGUAAUUACUGAAGUGCUCAACGACAGUUUGGAGAAUGUAGCCCAGACAUUCACUUCGAAGUCCGAGAUGCAAAGAAGUGAAAUGAUGAUGGAAGGUGCGAUGUCUAAAUUUAAAGCUGAAGUGCAGAGUAGUCAGGAACAUCACAUUGCCAGCUUGCAACGAGAAACAGAGAGACUCAGAACUGAUAUUGAUAAGCUGCGAAGUGAAUUAAGGUAUGAAGUUGACAAGGUUACAGCAGGUCACCGCUUAGACUUGAACCUGGAAAGGGGGCGGAUACGGGAUGAGCUUGCUACUCAAAGCGCGGAGACCUCAAAUCUCACGAAUAAGCUCGAUAGGGAAAUACAUACGUUGAAAACACAACUUGAAGCUGCUAAGUAUGAUAUUAUCAAGUACUGUAUAGGUACAAUUGUCUCUGUAACUGCCGUCGGGCUUGGUCUGCUGCGAAUCAUCAUGUGAGAUUGGUCAAGACUGUAACUUGAUUGUGGUUUAGGCUUAGUGACAAUCGGUGACCAAAGGUGCUCAAUCCAGCAUCAUUGCUUGGAUCCUUGGACACAAGCCAGAGGAGUAACGAUUUUUUAAGUUAACCCUUGAAGUGAAACUUGGGCAAUCAUAAUUUAUUGAGUGAGACUUUUAUGAGUAGGGUCGACACCUGUAGUUCAUUCCGAUUCCGAAGGUGCCUACGAGUACUUCUAUGUGAAUGUUUGCAGGCAGGAUUGGCCGUGUCCAAUCUGGGUUUCCAUGGAGGGCCUGAUUUGCGGGUCUAUUCACUAAAACGGCGAUCAAGGAUUGCGUUAGAAAAGUUCAUUAUAUGUGCAAUUUGGCGCACGGCCUGCGUAGACUUCGGGACACUUCAAGCAGUUUUUCGCUUGAAAUGACAUUCCUAUUGAAACUGUGUAUGUGUGCAGUCAAAGCGCCGUUUGUGUGGUAACAUCAAUGUUCAUGGGCAUCCCGUACGAGUACCCU